CGCUCUCGCGCGCAGCCGCGCAGCCCUCCCGCCGCGAGGGACUGCGAGGACUGCGUGCCUCGACGAUGGACUUGCGCCAGUCCAGGGGCGCAAGUCGAGGGUCGAGGCUUGGGGGGUCGGCCAUGGUCAGGGCGCAACUUUUAAUACUUUUGGUUCACGCGACCCUCGUCCCCGACACGAUCUCGCGAGGGUCAACCUCCUGGACUACCCGGAGACCAGCAGCCGCCAGCCCGACCCGAGGGAUGGCCCCGAGGUCGACCCCUAACCCAGCCCUCCUGCCCAACUUGAAGGUCCCCCCUCUGGUGGGGCUCGCCGUCCCCGUUGACGUGUGGGAGAAGGUCGCCAGCAUUCUCUUCCCGAACGCCGGGUCCAUCCAGAUCUACUGGGUGAGGCUGACCGCCAGGGCUCACUCGGUGCGGGAGCGGGAGGUGACCGAGGUCUUCAACACCCUGUGGGUGACCGUGGCGGCCUCCAUGGGCAAAGAGAUGGGCUUCCCCUACGUGCUGUGGACAGUGUCCGAGGGUGUGGUGCCCGUCGGCGUCAGGCAGUACGUCGACAGGCACCGCGAGGACAGGCUGGGGGAGUUCUCGCUCGUCAUCGCGGCCUACACCGAGGAGCGCGACGACAAGGGAGACCUGUCCCUCCGGCAGCUGCAGCGCCUCGACGUGUGGUUCCCAAGGUCGUACUACAUCGUGCUGCUGGACACGUGGUCCCUGCCCCUCGCGCGCCGCUGCGACGAGUCCCUGGCGCUGAACGUGUCGCUGGCCGUGUGGCUCUCCAACAUGACCACCGUGGGCGUCGUCCUGGUGCGCUGCCCGUGGAAGAUCGUGCUGCACGACCCCUUCGUGCUCGACCCCAAGAGGCGUCGCACGGUCAUCCACCAGAGCAACGUGACCGCCCUCGAAGACGUGGUUGGUGACCGGCGCUUCCGCAACUUCCACGGAUGGGCCUGGCCCAUCUCCAUGCUCGAAUACGCACCGACGCUGAUGCGGGCAGAGGACGGCUCAUACUACGGGAUAGACGGCUCGGUGUUCAUGGCCGCGACCAAGUACUUCAACUUCACGCCAGUGAUCGAUCAGCCGGCAGAUAAGGAGCCGCUCGGCUACAGCGAUGACGGCAAGACAGGGACGGGCACGCUGGGCAAAGUCAUGUCGGGCGAGUCCUGGAUAAGCUUCAACAGCAGGUUCCGCAAGGACUACAACACGAAGGACAUCGACUUCACGUACCCGUAUUCGUUCGACGAGCUCUGCGUCAUGGUGCCCCAGGCGGAGCGUAUCCCGAACUACAUCACCAUUUUCCGCAUCUUCCGGAUCGAGGUGUGGCUGACGGCGCUGCUCGCCUACCUCUGCACGGCGCUCGCCGCGCACUUGCUGGACCGCGCGCACGCCGCGCGCCGGGCCCGCACCUUCCGCCGGCCGGGGCCCUGCGGCUUGGCGUACAGCGCGUUCCUCCUCAUCAUGGCCGGCUCCAUGGACACGUACUCCGGCGUCCGGGAGAUCUCGUCGCGAAUGCUGUUCGGGGCAGCGCUCCUCUUUAGCCUCAACUUCAUGGGCGCCUACCAGGGCUUGCUGUUCAAGGCGCUCACCAUGCCCCAGUACUUCCCGCAAAUCGACUCGAUGCUCGCCUUGGCCGACUCGGGUAUAGCGAUCACCACGCGCUCCACCUCGCUCGUGGAUACCUUCAAGGCCGACAACGCGAUCAUGACGCGCCUGCAGACUAAUUUCAAGCUCGUCCCGAAAAACUGGACGACGAACAUCCCGGUGUCGAGCCUGGCACGGCGCAAUGGCGCGUACCUCAGAAAGGAGAACGCGAACUUGCACCUCGUUGAAGAGUGUCCAAGAAAGUACCAGCUGGCCUACAUCGUCCACCGCAACUUUCCCUACAUACACCAGAUGAACAUCUUCCUCUUGCGGUGCAUGGACGUGGGCCUCAUGGACAAGUGGUUCAGAGACACGUACUUGGGGAGGCCGCCCUCGUCAGCUGAGGACGAUAUGGUGCUGUCGCUGUUCGAGGUGGAGGGCGCCUUCUUCCUGCUCGCCAUCGGCGUCCUGGCCAGCUCCGUUGCCUUCUCUGCCGAGCUGCUGCACAGCCGCUGCCAGCGCGGGCGCGCGCCCCGGCCGCGGCGGGCCCCGAGGAAGCGCCACGCCGUCGCACGGGGGCCGAUCAGGCGGGUGGCGACCCGCGCGCCCCGCCCCUCCGAAACUCGGGAUAAAGGGGCGCUCGAAGGCGUGGUUGUUCAUUUUAUUAUGUAGUAAAAGUUUACUCAUUAAACCUGGCCAUACAAUUAACUGCCGCCCCCGAGGUGACGCAAGGGAUCGUUGAGCUACCUGCUGGGCGCUCCAGGCGGGCCACCGUCGCCACACGGCUGUUUGGCGGGUUGGCCUACCCAGCACGUAGUAGGCGCUGUCCUUCGCAUCGCCUCGUUCACGUUUAUUGUGGAGACACCUUGAC